AUGCGUGAUGCCAGACGAACUUUGCAUGCAAUUAGGCGCAUUUGCUCCUACUCCGUGGUCCAUGAAGACACGUGUUUCAUCCAUAAUGAAAGAAUGUACAACCAGCGAGGAUCCAAGCUCUCGUUGAUUACUCCAAGCCCCUGUUCCGGCAUUUUCUUUUACGGAUACUUUUGUUCCAUGCUGUUGAGGAUCACUAUGUGAUAUUUUUUGUCAUUUGUACCACAUUUCGAUGAAUUCUACACCUUCUU